GGGCGGCCGCGGCCGUUCCCCUUCAGCUGCCUCCGCCCGCCCGGGCCCGGUCGCCGCCAGCCAUGGGCGAGCGGCGGGGGAAGGCGGCCCUGCAGGAGGCGGCUGGGCCGCAGCGGAGCUCUGCUCCAAGUGCUGCUGAGAAUGGCUUGGAUCCUGACGAGGAGCCUCUUCUCAGAAAAAAUCCCCGCCGGUUCGUCAUCUUCCCCAUUCAGUACCCAGACAUAUGGAAGAUGUAUAAACAGGCUCAGGCCUCCUUUUGGACAGCAGAAGAGGUUGAUUUGUCAAAGGACCUUCCUCACUGGAACAAGCUGAAAGCAGAUGAAAAAUACUUUCUCUCUCAUGUUCUGGCAUUUUUUGCAGCCAGUGAUGGAAUAGUAAAUGAAAACCUGGUGGCACGUUUCAGUCAGGAGGUGCAGAUCCCAGAAGCUCGUUGUUUCUAUGGCUUUCAGAUUCUCAUUGAGAACGUUCACUCAGAGAUGUACAGCUUGCUCAUAGACACAUACAUCAAAGAUCCUGAGAAAAGGGAUUUCUUAUUUAAUGCUAUUGAAACAAUGCCGUGUGUCAAGAAGAAAGCAGACUGGGCUUUAAAGUGGGUUGAAGACAAAGAAUCUACUUUUGGUGAGAGAGUGGUUGCCUUUGCUGCUGUUGAAGGCAUCUUCUUUUCGGGUUCUUUUGCUGCUAUAUUUUGGUUGAAGAAGAGGGGCCUGAUGCCUGGACUGACUUUCUCCAAUGAGCUUAUUAGCAGAGAUGAGGGUCUACACUGUGAUUUUGCUUGUCUAAUGUUCCAUUAUUUAGUGAACAGACCAUCAGAAGAGCGGGUCCGUGAGAUCAUCACUAAUGCUGUUGAAAUUGAGCAGGAGUUUCUAACAGAGGCAUUACCUGUGGGUCUGAUUGGAAUGAAUUGCACUUUGAUGAAACGAUACAUUGAAUUUGUCGCAGACCGGUUACUAAUGGAGCUCGGGUUCUCAAAGGUCUUUCAUGCAGAAAAUCCUUUUGAUUUCAUGGAGAAUAUUUCUCUGGAAGGAAAAACAAAUUUCUUUGAGAAACGGGUUUCGGAAUAUCAACGUUUUGCUGUUAUGGCAGAAACAGUGGACAAUGUCUUCACUCUGGAUGCAGAUUUUUGAUAACUCGGCAAACAAAUGGUGACUGUUUCCCUCUCCCCAUCUCACUUUCUGCCAUUAAGUUGUCCUCAUUUUUUCUCCUGGAAUCGGAGUCUACUGGGAUUUUUUUCCUGGGUUUUCAUGUUGUUUGUUCAAGGAGUAAAUAUAUUUCAAUAUGUAUAAUUAAAAAAAAAAAGGGGGGGGUCCUUUAUAAAAAAAUUUAUAUGGCUUUUAAAAAGGAUGGCCUUUUUAAGAUUCCCUUGACUCAUCUACUGUGAUUACUAUCUUUAAAAAUUACCUGGAUACCACUUUUUUAAGACUUUGGUAGUGUUUUAAGAAUGGAAACUGUGUCCUCAUUUUAUGCUAUUUUAAUCUGAAAACUAGAUGAGGUAUCACUCUGUAUAUAUGUUGCUAUACAUUAUUUUCAUGGUUUUUAUUUUCAUGUUUAUAGAUUUAGUCUAGAGUAAAAGCUCUUCCCUUUUGUCCUGCUGCAAAUAGAGUAAUAAGUGAAUGUGGGAAGACAUUAAUAAGGUAUGAAGUAUAAAAUCUUAAACCCAGGGAUACAGUUUGAUCUCCCCAUUAAUGUGGGUUUUAUCUGAAAAUAUCUUUCUUUGGUUGGAAACCUGGUUCCCGUUGGUUGGAGUUUAAAUCAAAUACAUAUGAUUUUUGUCUUACAGCUGUUACUCAGCAGGUCACUUGACUCUGAAUGGUCCUAGAAAAGACAAGCCUGUUACUAGUGGAGAAAAACCACAUCCUGUAGUUCUUUGGCUUGUGCUACCUGAUUUUCCCUGCUUCUCUGAACAAGUGCCUUAUUAAGCAGUCUGUAGUUGAGCUGAGUUGCAAUCGGCACCUGACACUGAAACAGCCAGCUCUGGGUGUUGUCUGUCUUCCCUCUAUUGUGCUGGGUGAUUUCAUAUUCUCCCCUUCUUGGUUUCACUUGUGCAUUGAUGGGGUGAGAAGACAUGUCAGUCCAAGGGCUUAUCCCCUGAGGUGCUACAAACAUACUGUUUGGGUUAUAAGGAAGCACCAAUAAUGUAUGAAGGUACUUCAAGUUGCAUGUUUAAUGUGAACCAUUGAAACCCUUGUCACAGAACAGCUGCUGGAGGAAGGUAUUGACCCUUCCAAAAACAAAUCUUAAAGCAGUGUGGAUGAGCAGCACCUUACAAAGGACUGCUGUUUGUUUUUUGGGGUGUUCCAGUGAGUGCCUGAAAACUUGUUUCAAUGUCUUAAUGUCACAUGCAGAGAACAGAGCAAUUGAAGAAUGGCUAACAUACUGCAGUGGUACUUGGGAUGGAAAGGAUACCACUCAGCUGUAAGUGGAUUAUUGGCAAAUAGGUAUGCUUAUUUUUUCCAGAGGUGAGGUCUGUGUACAUGAGUUAGACAAAGUGUUCUGCUUAAUUAUACCCAGCAUUUUAUUUCAGUGUUCAGCAAUUUGUGUAUGAGCUUUUAUAAGUCUGUCUUCUUGUUGCAGACAUCUUGUGCUGCUUUUGAGAUGCCUGGCAGGAGAUGAGCUGGCAGCCCAGGGUUAUCGUUGAGGUUUUCUUGCCAGCCCAGAUCAGUCAUAGCCCUGGGUACCUGAGUUCCAUGAAGUAGGUCCACUGCCUUAACGUAGUUUGUAGUGAAUAAUUGUCCCUGGUGUAAAAAUUAGCAGUAAAACUGACUCUCUUUGUUUGGUGCCAGUAAAAGAUUAUGAGUAAAUAAUGAGCAUGGAAACAAGAGAGCUUUUUUUUCCUAGAGAAGAGCCUGAAUCAUGUGACAUAAGGUACUUGGGGAGAGCAGAAGGGAAUCUGGAGAAUACAGAGAAAACCUAGAGCUUGUGUCCCUCAUUAAUGUCCUGCAGCUGCAAGAGAACUGUGCACUCAGAAAAUCAACGCCUUUUGGAAAUACUGUGUUGAUGGGAGAGAAGGAGAAAAUGUUGCAAAUGAGUCUGGUUUUGGAUGGAUGGAACCUAUUCUUAUGUCACUAAAAGUACAAGAAAGUAUUUGUUUUGAGUGUUAUGAAUUAAGAUGAGAGUACACAGAAUAUUUGAGUAUAAAAUUGCUACAUGCUCAGGUUCUGUAAACGUAUAUGAGAUAGCGAAGUGCGGUAGAACAGCUCCCACUCCAUUUGUGUGUUAUGUGUUAGUUUCAAUAAAACUUGAAGGUGGCGAGGA